GCUUUGUAUAUGGCAAUUACAUCCAUCCUCCUUCUCGACCAUCCGGGUAUACGUCUUUCCCUCCUGCACCCAUCCAUCCGUUCAUCUUUGUUGUUGGUGCCCCAAUAUUCACGACUUGACGACCUGUAACGAAGAACAAGUACGACCCUCGACGACAUCCUGUCACGACCCUCCCAAUACCCAAACCCAUACUCCUGGACCAGCAAUUUUGAUCGCUAUAGUCAUCAUUGUCAAUGUACCCAACAUGUUGAAUUCCUUCUCCAAGUCUGACAAGAACGCUGAUGUCGCCACAGAGGCUGGCAUUGAGGCGGAGCAGCCUGCUGCCCUGAGUGCCUUCCUCUCCCCCACCUCGCGCUUCUUCGGCAAAAAGGCCGACCCCAAGCUCUUGGGCCCCAACGAGAUUGCGCAGAAGGUCGCUUCGAUUCUCAAGCCUGGCAAACCCUUCUUCAGUGCGAUCGACAAUGCAUCACUCAUCGCCAACCUUGGCAAUGGAAGCAUCAUGAACUGCGAUGCUCUCCGUGCGCAGGCGCAAGCCAAAAGUGAGAAGAAGCGAAAGGCUGCGGCCAAGUCCAAGGAUGCCGCUGCGAUCGCCAAUGUUGCCGAGGACGCCACCGCCCAUCAGGACGAGAAUGAAGACGGCACCGAGUACGUUGGUACCGUCUGGUCUGCCCUCAAUUCUCUGCCUGUCGGCGCCGGCUGGUCCGCCAUUCCCGGUUCUGAGGGCCAGCCGCUGAGCAUCACGUCCGACGGCCCGGCGGACAACGGUCUCUGGACGAGCAUGAUGGUCACCUGCGACCUCAAUUGCACCAAGCUGCAGCUCGGAAAGUCCGUCGUCAUUCCCAGCAAGGUACUGGAGGAUAACCAUUACUUUACUGGCAACCCCAACUCGCUCUACACUUCGAUUGGUGCAGGCACGAAGUACCACUGGGAUAACUUUGAACCCGCUCCCUUGACCGGCAGCUUCGGCUCGUCUUUCUUCCCGUACGCUGCACCCUCGUUCAGCCCGGCGUUGGAGAUGUGGAGCUGGCCCUCGUGGGUCCCUUUCCUCGGAAAGAAGGACGGAAGCAAGAGCGGAGACGACAGCAGCAAGACACCCAAGUCUUCCACUCCAUCUGCUGGCACGGACACGAACGGCAACAAGCGCGUCUGGUUGCCUUCCACCACGGAUGUCUCGGUUCACUGCACGUGGUGGGGAUUUACUUGCUACCUGCCCACACCCGUGAUGAACGAGCUGAGCGGCGAUGUGCAGCAAGCAGAGAAGAUCGCCAAUCUCAUAUCCUCGGUGCUGACCUUCAUCUCGAAUAACGUUCCUGCCGGCGUUCCCGUAGCGCUGCUCCCCUUCAUUGCCGUUCUCAAGGCCAUCGCUCCCAUCUCGGGCUACAUCUCGACAUUCAUCGGCUGGUCCUGGAGCGAGAUCAAGAGCUUUGACGAGGGUCACGGCGUCGAGCUCUCCGCCACAUGGCUCUUACCCGUUGCUCUCAUCCCCCACAGGUGGGCCGCACCUGUCCCGCCUGUGGAUGCAGACCCCACUUCGCCCACUCCUGCUCCUGCUCCGGCGCCUGCCACCCCGGCCACAAGCACGCCCUCUACCUCGGAGCCUGCGCCUGCUGAGCCCAUGCCUGUUGAGCCAGAGGCGGAGGAGCCUACACCAUCUGAGCGUCAGCCCGAGGAGCCUACUGUGAACAAGUCCACGCUCGAUGAGUCUACUCCGGUUGAGUCCAAGCCAGAGGAGUCUACACCCUACGGGUCUACUCCAGAUGAGUCCAAGCCAGAGGACCCUACGCCCGACCAGUCUAUGCCAGACGAGUCUACUCUGGAUGAGUCCCAGACAGACGAGUCUACUCUGGAUGAGUCCCAGACAGACGAGUCUACCUCUGCUGUUAUGGGCUCUGCGCCAGCGAAGGACGUCAAGUAGAGCCAAAGUCGAGUAUUUCGCUGCUCUGGCUAAAUGAAUCUAAAGGAAUGCAAAGUGGAACGCACAAAUCUACAAUUGACCCUCAACCCUUCGAGCUCACUCAACCGUCACUGAUUUAUAUUCAUCACCGAUCACGAACAAAGGCUCUUCCCAACAUCUCGUCCGUAUCAUAUUGAAUGUACUGUUUCUUUGUAGCCCCGCGCACCCGAGCUGAACCAUUGCUCGUUCGCGCGUGGAGGCUGUGUCUUACGAUACCCGCGUGCGCUGAAUGAAAUGAUCCAUUCUAUCCAGGAA